CACUUCGCGUCGAAGAUGAUUCUCUCGGUUAUUUUCUUCCUACUUUACGCGACGUAUCACGUCGAGUCAGCGGAAGAAGGUGAUUCAUGCAAAUUGAAAACCGGCGUUUCCGGGGUCUGUGCCUUGCUGAACAAUUGCGACGUCGUAUUCCAGCAAUUGGUGGCUGGCAAUGCGCCGGAUUCAAUCUGCGGGUAUGCCGGAUUUGAACCAAUCGUUUGCUGUCCAAAUAGCAGACCGGAAACCACGCGGCCAACUCCGACUAUUCCUCGGAAGCCGGUCGGCGAUGGACGAGGUGCAAUUGCGAGGGAGAAAUGCGCUGAAUAUGCUACGUACACUUAUCAGCUGAUAGAUCCACCGGUUUUGACCCUGAAUCGACAUAAAGUGAAUAAAUCCGUAUGCGCGAUCAAGUCGCAAAAGUUAAUUGUGGGAGGAACAAGGGCCGAGCGUAUGGAGUUUCCCCACAUGGCAGCGGUUGGUUACGAUUUGCCAACAGCCGGAGUCGGCUGGUACUGCGGAGGCACCCUGAUAUCCGAGAAUUUCGUCCUGACAGCGGCCCACUGCACGUUUUCAUCGGAUUGGGGCCCUGCGAAAUGGGUGCGCGUUGGCGAUUUGAACCUGCAGCGUUCCGACGACGGGGCGUCACCGGUAGAUCGUCGCAUCACCGAGAAAAUCAGACACCCUCGAUACGAGCUUCCUGCGCAAUACCACGACAUCGCUCUUCUUCGUCUCGAGGCCAGGGUGCCUUUCAACGCCUGGAUCAGACCGGCUUGUCUGCACACCUCACCCACCACUGGGACUGAGAAAGCCAUAGCGACUGGAUGGGGGCGUGUUGAAUGGACUGACGAUGAAGGUUCGAGUGAUCUUCUAAAAGUUACGCUUCCCCUCGUCGAUCAGCGAACUUGUAACGCGAGCUACUCAGCUGGCGGGUCUGUAGUGCAGCUUCCCAAUGGAGUAAUUGGAGAGUGGGCGAUGUGUGCUGGACAAUCGGGCCGUGACACGUGCCAGGGUGACAGUGGAGGCCCUCUCGUGAUAUUCAGCAGCAAGGAUUAUAACUGCAUGUACGAUGUAGUCGGAGUCACAAGUUUAGGAAGAUUUUGCGGAAGUGCAGUUCCCGGGGUUUACACACGCGUUUAUUACUACGUUCCGUGGAUAGAGUCCGUCGUGUGGGGCCGAGGAUAAAUCCGAUACUGGUAUGGAUUCGA